GUUGGUGGGCCGGCGUAGUGAAUGGGGCGUUGAUUUUUUGUUUAAUUCCAAGUCCAAUCGUUAAAGCAACAGGUUGUUGCGCAGCUUCUUUAGUCAAGUGUGUACGACUAUUAAAAUCUUCAACAAAUCAUUAGAAUGGCCUGCAAUAAGUAUCUAACCUUCAACAACGGCGAAAAGAUGCCUGUGAUUGGCAUCGGCACCUGGCAGGCAUCCGAUGAGGAAAUUGAAACCGCGAUCGACGCGGCUUUGGAGGCUGGCUAUCGCCACAUAGACACUGCUCCAGUUUACGGUAAUGAGAAAGCCAUCGGACGAGUCCUUAAACGAUGGCUGGAUGCAGGAAAGAUUAAGCGGGAAGAGCUCUUCAUCGUCACCAAGGUGCCACCUGUUUCGAAUCGGCCCCACGAGGUGGAGCCCACCAUCAAGAACUCACUGGCCGAUCUGCAGCUGGACUAUAUCGAUUUAUACUUGGUGCACACCCCAUUUACCAUUAACAUCAACGAAGACGGCAGCUUUAAGCUCGACAAGGAUGGUCUGAUGGAGGUCGAUGUGACCACCAACCACGCUGCAACAUGGGCUGCAAUGGAGGCACUUGUGGAGAAGGGUCUCGCCAAGUCCAUCGGUGUUUCAAACUUUAGCAAAGAACAAGUGGCUCGCCUGCUGAAGAAUUGCAAGAUCAGGCCAGCUAACAACCAGAUCGAGCACCAUGUUUACCUGCAGCAGCGGGAUUUGGUUGAUUUCUGCAAGUCCGAAAACGUGACCGUAACCGCCUAUUCUCCACUGGGUUCCAAGGGAAUAGCUAAGUUCAAUGCUGGCGCUGGCAUCGUCAGGGAUGUGCCCGAUUUGAUGGACAUUCCGGAGGUAAAGGAAAUUGCUGCCGCACAUGGCAAGACACCAGCCCAGGUUCUGCUUCGCUGGAUUAUCGAUACAGGUGUGUCCGCGAUUCCCAAGAGUACGAAUCCCGCUCGCCUAAAGCAGAAUCUGGAUGUUUUCGACUUCGAACUGACGGCCGAGGAGGUGGCCAAGUUGUCCAGUUUGGAUAAGAACAUCCGAGUUUGUGACUUCGCCUUCUUCCAUGGUGUCGAAAGGCAUCCGGAAUUCACCUUCAAGAAUCAGUACACCAACUAAAAAUCAUUUUUGGACAUAAAGAAACUUAAAAAGGCGCACCGAAAUAUAUAUUUGGAAAGCAUUACUUUACAAGGUAUGAAAAGAGAGCCAUGUAGAAGUUUUAUACGAUUUAUAAAACAAUUGCAAUUAUUGUUAAAAUUCCAUGUUUGCUAGUUUUUGUGAAAAAACUUUUGUCAUAUAACCCACAUACAUAUUUAAUACUCUGUGUUUAAUGUUAUGGUUACACCAAUAAACUAUUGAAAAUCUA